AUGCCAUCUAAUUCAAAUGCACACGAAUUAAUAUUUAAAAAACUCGAUAGUAUUUUAACAAAAAUGGAAGAAGAAUCGAAUGCAACUUGUCAAUCAUUGAUAGAAUUUAAACAAGAAAUACGAAGUAGUUAUGCUGAUACGAAACAACAGACAGAAGAAUUAGAAGAAAAGGUAAAAUCAAUGGAAAAGAAAUUUGAAGAUAUAUCGGUGCGUACUUGUACUAUAAUUCAAAAUAUCUGUGCUUCUAUUUUGGACCCACAAAAGUCCCAAGGAAUUAAUUGGAAAUCGUAUUGGCAAGAUCAAAUUAAAACAAUGGUUGAAGUACGAUCGUCCUUAUCGAAAUCAACUCAAUGA